CCUCGGUUUGGGCCGUUUGGGACAUCAGCCCGUCGGUUCCCGCAGAUUAGUCGCAACUUAGCAACCCGAUUCGAACGAUCAUCUGGAGCAACACCAUCUUACUCCAUACUCACACAGGUCGAUUAUUGGCAUCCCAGGAAUCAUGGCUGACAGGAAGAACUCAGAGAGCAGCAUUGACGAGACGCCCAUCUCACCCAGUCUGCCCAAUCCAGAAAGGAGGAACUCGCUAGAGUAUCAUCUGAUGCACCGGCCAGAUCGGCAGGAACUAGUGGAUAGGAAUAUCCUACCUGCAUCAAAUGCGGCGCCGGCUAUCCAGGCGCAGCAGAAGGAGCUCCAGAAACACAUGCGAGCCGAUUCGCUGAAUGAGAAGAUUGCGCAUCGGCCCUCGCCAGAGACGCUGAUUAAGGAGGGCAUACUCCACGAGGACCCCCGCUCGCCUGAGGAGAAAUAUGCUGAGGCCAUCGAGGAGGAGUAUGCAAAACGGGAGGGCGGCGCGUAAAGCGUCGAUGCUCAACCGGAGGGUUCAUGUUGUUAGGACAUGCUAUAAGAAUGUAGUGUAGCUGUCUUUCAUAUCUCUUUGAAGGUCUU